GGGCGACAAACUGAAAAUUCUUCGAGCGCGCACGCACGAGAGCUAGCGCCUUGAUGCUGGCCUGGAUGCUCACCACCAUCGUGGUGUACUGCUGAUAAAAAGUGAAAAGUAGCGUAGGGGCCUAGGCCUAGCUGUAAUAAUGGCGAGCGAUUCUGAUGAGGAAGAGACAUUCGUUACUUAUGGAACUCCUGUUGAAAUAUUAGAUAAAGAUGCUCCGAGAAAAAAACCUACAUUGGUUGAAGAUCAGGUAGUAACUGACAAGCAAGGCCGGCAGCGCUUCCAUGGAGCAUUCAGCGGUGGAUUUUCAGCAGGGUACUACAAUACUGUCGGGUCAGAAAAAGGAUGGGCUCCAUCAACUUUUGUGUCAUCACGUUCACAGAAAACUGGCAAGACGCAACAACGACCUGAAGACUUCAUGGAUGAGGAUGAUUUUGGGGAAUUCGGAAUUGCCCCGAGGAAGAUUACGACAACAGAUACAUAUGAGCAGCUAACUGAAUCUGAAGUAAAAAAGAAGAGAGGAUGGCGUGAUGUAGACGGAGGAGUCAUUCCAGGACAAGCACCUCUUCAGGAUCUCAUACAACCUAACAGAGAGUCUGUUGGUAUCCAGCUACUGAGAAAGAUGGGAUGGCGACAUGGUCAGGGAAUUGGACCUAGGCAGAAAAAAAAGCAGGGUGCGAUAUGCAUAUUUCUGCAGGCAUUUGGAGUGGGUGCAUUUGAGGAUCAGGAUGAUGAUAUUUAUACUGUGGAUCACAUGUCCAAUUAUGAUCAGUUCAUUGGCGACGAAAUUUCAUCAUCAGUGGGGAGCAAAACAUCAAAUUCAAAAACGAAAUUUUUUAAUGCAAGUUAUGUGUCAAAAAUAUUAAAGGGUUUCACAUUAUCAGAAAAUCCAAGACCACCUAAUAAGGUUUACCCGCCUCCUGAUGUACCACGGGACUACAAACCAUAUCACAAGAUGAAGGAUGUCCAGCCAGCUGGGCCGAAGUUUAAAAGCAAGUUAUUCACAAUGGGUGCAAUACAGAGGGGAGCUCUGCUCGGUGAAGAACAGUUACCAGCUCCAGAGGUUCAACCUGUAGACAAGAAGCCAGCUGUUAACUCAACAAAACCAGCUGUUCACCCAUCUCAAGCAUCAAAACAAACUUCUGAUCCAUCUGAACUACUGAAACCUACAUCAGCUGAUAAUAAGCCGGUCGAUAUAGCAGCAGUAGUGGCUAGUUUAGUCAGUGCUCAAAGAGCCAAGAUGGAGUCCAGGUUUGCAAAACCACCACAACCUGUUAACACAGAAAGCCCAUCGGUGUCAAUAGCAAGCGCCGGUAGUUCAACCUUUGGUUUUAAACCAUUCGCCAAAGACCCUGCCAAGCAACAACGAUAUGAGAAGUUCUUGGCUAGCAAAGGAAAGGGUGGUGAUAGUCUUUCAACAGGGGAGGCAGAUACCAUUACUGAAUGGGAACGAAGAAGAGAGCAUGAUGAAUUCACUCGAGCAUCCAUCCUCUACAGACCACUAUCAAGUACAAUGGCUUCAAGGUUCACCCCAGCUAAAUAUACUGAUGACGACAGCAAGGAUGAUGUACCAGUCGACCAAGAGAGUGAAAAGGGUCACCAUGCAAAGGCGGCUGAAAUGAAAAUGUUUGGACGUUUAACAAGGGAUACAUUUGAAUGGCACCCCGAUCGUUUACUAUGUAAACGGUUUAAUAUUCCAGAUCCCUAUCCGGGAUCUUCAAUAGUUGGUUUACCAACUGUAAAGAAAGACAAGAUAUCUCUUUAUAACUUUAUGUCUGUUCCAAGCCAUGAAGAAAGUCAUAUAUCAGAGAAACAUCAGCCAAAGCAACCAUCUCCAGAGCCACAGACUACACCUGAAAGAAAAACUCUUCCAAUUUUCAAGUCUGGUGGUAUAUUUUCAAACUUUACACCUGUACAGAAGGCAACAGUUACAGAAGUACAAGAGUCAAAGCCAGAAGAUGAAGAGCCAGUGGAGGAAAAGCGCCCUCCUAUGGAUUUAUUCAAAGCUAUCUUCCAAGAUGAGUCUUCAGAAGAUAGUGAAGAGUCAUCAGAAGAUGAAGAUGAGCAGAUGGAGGACAGAGAUGAAAAUGAAACAAACAAAAAGGAAGAAAAAGAAGGCACCCAAGAUCAAGUAAAGAAAGGCAGUGAAGAAAUUAAUGAAAUAUUCCCAGCUGCAGCUGGUGAUGAGCAUUUAACAAUCCCACAAUCCUCAUUAAGUAUGAAAGAACAUAGUGAGGCACCUGAACUUGUGAAGAAAACUGUAAAUGAAGAUGUAUACGGACCACCACUACCACCGCCGUCAAAUGAGAACAAUCCAAGUUUUAGUUCUUCUUUAAACCCAACCAAAGAUAUAGUGGACCCUCACAAACAUAAACAUUUAUAUGUAAGUAAAGAUGAAAGGUAUAGUAAGAGAAACAAAGAUAAAAACUAUAGGAAGGAGAAAUCAUCAGAGGAAACGUCAAAGAGGCACUCAAGCCAUGAACAUUUGGAGAAAAAACAAAAACAUAAACAUCGAAAGAAAAAAAAGCAUAGAGGAAAACACAAGAAAGAAAAGAAGUCCAAGAAGUCUAAACACUCCAGCAAGUACAAACAUGAUGCACGUAAAAGGCGUCGGUCAGAUUCAGAACGUGAAACCAGUACAGACAGCUACAGCUCAGAUAAUUGAUAACACAGACUGGUUGGGGGCAGAUGCAGGACCUCAAAAAGGAGGGGUUUAAAACCACAGGUGCGGAUUUACUGUAGUAAGAUUUUUUUUAAGCUUGAGCAGGUGCAACGGGUUACCCCCUGGUUAUCCCACUGUUGUAAUCUAUGUUUUAUACUUGCAUGGUCAUAAACUGUAAAACAUUUGUCCAAUCAACCAAUAGUAUUCUGCUGGAAGGCUGGUCCCCCAAUAAGUUCUAUUUCAGUAUCCUCGGUCCUCUGCAUCCCUCUUCAAACAAAAACAUUUGUCAAAAACAUUUGUUAUCAAUCACAAUUAUUAAGAGAUGAGUGUUUGAUUGUGUUCACUGCAUAUUGCAUUUACUAAUAUUGUCUAUAUUUAUACAGUAAUAUAAAAAUGUAUAGUAUAAUUUUUAUAUGAAGAUAUAUAAAAGAAAAGGAAGUAUGUAAGAGUGAAAAAAAGUCACCCAAUUGGAACUCAAACUCUGGUUUUCUGAUAGGCAGUCUACCUUAACAAAUUAGGCCACUGAGGCUAUAAUUUUUAUUUUUUUUAAUUCUUAUAAUUUUGACAAAGCAAUUAAUAUUAUUAAAACUAUGUAAUAAAUUAGUUUCAAAUAGCUUUUGACCACAUUUUUUUUUUAAAUUGCUAGCUAGUCUUCAUAAAAUGGCAAUUUUUUUUUUUUAAUUGUAAUUAUAACUAUUGUUUCUAUUUUACUAACUAAAUGUAUUUUCACUCAACCACUUUUCCACAAAAAUGUUCAGUAUCCCCUUGCUUGUUAUAACCAUAAUAACCUUAUAAAUCGUUUCAUAUCUUAGGAUGCAAUAAACAAAAUUCUCAUGGUUUUUUUCUUUUAUUCAUUUUCACCUCAAAGAUUAUAUCUCAUUGUUUUACUGGUUGUUUUGAUUUUAAAUAAAAAGGUAUUAGUGCCUUCUA